CGAUUCCUCCGCGAUGUAAACCUAGAGGCAAGGGUUAGUCUAGAAAGUCAGCAGAGAAUUCGUCAUUUCGUGAUCAUAUUGACCUUUACACCCAACAGAAGCAGUUAUUGCAAAAAAUAUGGAUUGAAGGAUGCAUUAAUGAAGUCUGUCAUUUGAUUAUUAACCAUGACAACUGUGACCAGCGAUCAGUUUCUUCAGUACACACUCCUCAGUAAAAAUGUCCUGUCAUUGGACGAACAAGAAUUAUAUGAGCUGUCACAGUUGGCUGGAGUCGUGUUUGAUCCCAGCGUCUUCAAAAUCAUCAUGGAUUUGCUGAAGAUGAAUGUUGCUCCACAGGCCAUCUUGCAGGUUCUUAGGAGUAUAUCUGGACAGAGGCCAAAAGUGAUUAGUUCCCCUGAGACUUCUCAACGUUCUCACCAAAGUGAGGCUGAUCGUAGAGUGAAAAGCCGCAGUCGUGUUCCGAGUGCUAGAAAGCCAGAGGCUAGAAGAUAAAGCAUUGCUGCUCUCUCAUAACAAGCUUAUUAUAAUUAGGAGUUCAGACUUACAUAUAUAAGAAAGACCAUUUUAUAACUAUGGUCAUAAUCAUUAUUGAAACUAUGUAGAUUGAUGCAGACUAUUGUACAUUGCUUGAAAGCCAUGAAUAGUUUAAGUGUUUCUUCUUCUUUUCAUAUAUAAAAAUUUUAAAAGAGUACGAGUAAAAAUCCCUACCAGGUAUACAAACUUGUAUGAGGAUAUAUUGAAGGGAGGGGAGCUUGUUAUUGAAGUUGUGUGUGUUGAAACAAGCAUAUGAGUAGAUUUUUUAAAAACCUUUUUAUACAUUGAAUUUGUAAUAAAGUGAUAUGAAAUUCA